AUGGUUUUACUUCAGCAUUUAGAGCAAGGUAUGCGUCCCAUUUCACGGUGUUACAAUCCAGCGAUGUAUACAACAACAGUGGGAAGAAAUUUGUUCACAAGUGCAGCCACAAGCAAUAAGCUAUUCUCAAGAGGUUUUCCAGCCGUAAAGCCAAAACCGAAAACCGAAUCUAAAGAAGUCGCUGCAAAGAAACAUAGCGACGCAGAGAGAAGAAGAAGGUCUCGAAUCAACAGCCAAUUUGCAACACUUCGCACAAUUCUUCCAAACUUGACCAAACAAGACAAAGCAUCUGUUCUAGGAGAGACUGUUAGGUAUUUCAAUGAACUGAAAAAGAUGGUUAAGGACAUACCAACCACACCAUCUUUAGAAGACAACUUGAGAUUAGGUCAUUGUAACAACAAAGACAUGGCGAGAGUCGUGUUCAGCUGCACCGACAGAGAAGGGCUAAUGUCGGAGGUUGCAGCGUCGAUGAAAGCAGCGAAAGCAAAGGCGGUGAGAGCUGAGAUCAUGACAGUUGGUGGAAGAACCAAAUGUGCCUUGUUAGUUCAAGGUGUAAAUGGGAACGAAGGAUUGCUUAGGCUCAAGAAAUCAUUGAAAAGUGUAGUGAAUCGCAAAUUAUCAUCAUCAUCAGAGGCCAAGAAAACAACAACAAUAAUAAUGGAAAGAUCAUUGUUGACUCAACAUCCAUGA